GUUUGCGUGCCACAUUCACACAGCCAAUACGAUGCCUUCUGAGGAAAACACUUGCAGCGGUAUUUUCUGAUCGGCGCUUCUGAGGCUCUUCUCUCCAGUUGCUUCGCUUCUCAUCAUUGCCUUUUUCGUGGUGGUGUCGCCGGAACGUUCCUCUCUCCUCAAUUUCACCGGGUCCGCCCUAGACGGCCAUCAAGACAUACCCCCUCAAGAAAUUCUGCUCCGUAGAGUGUCACUUCUUCUCGCGGAAUCGCCGCUAACAAUGAUCUGCUUUCCCGCCAGCCCGUUUGGGUAGACUGCCUCCCUUCGCCGACUCUGCUCAAACUCGGAUGUCUGCCGUUUCUUCUGAGUUUCUCGCUCACUCGCGUACGCCAGUCAAGUUUCAUGCGGAAAAUGAAGCGAACGCGCACCAUCGCGCUCGCGGCGACGCAGGCGCUGCUGUCCGAGUCGCGGGAAAACGCGCCGUCUCGGAAGACUCUGCAAGACGCGUCACCGGGUCGAGACUCGCGGACGGAGCUGGAGUCUGAGCGCGACGGCGAGUGCCCCGCUUCCGUUGCAGACGCCCCGUCAGAAGUUUCUAUGGCGGAAGUGACCAUGUCCGACGGCGAAGAAAGUGGGCUGAACUGGAAGCGCAACGACGCACACAGUUCCAGUGACUCUCCAGCAGCCAGUCGCCCGUUUGUCUCGACACCAGGCGGAGCGCCGUUCGAGCUGGUUUCCCCCGCGACUCCGCAGCAGCGGGAGUUGGACUGGCGUUCAGAGAGCAGAAAUGGCGAGACUAGCCACGAUCGAGUCGUUGCGAAAGACUCGAGAAACGAAGAGCCGCAACUGGCAUUGGUGCCUCGCAGCGAAGGCUCUGCGGCGCCAGGCAGCACCUCCCGACGCCGAAGAGCCGAGGCCCAGGGUCCCCGGCUGAUGGAGCUCAUGGAGCAAGCGCUCGCGAGUCGCCGACCUGGCAUGCCUUUCCUCGGCAGAGGCAUCUGGUCCAAAGACAGCAUCGCUGCUCCCGAUCCGUUUUCCGCCACGCUCGAUUUCGGCGCCCUCUUCCGGAGAGGCACACAGGGGGGUCGUCUGUGUCUCCGCUGGGUGGUCCUUGAAAACUUCAAAAGCUACAAAGGCACCCAUGUGGUGGGACCCCUCUAUGGGUCCGUCGCUGUCAUCGGCCCAAAUGGCGCAGGAAAAAGCAACUUAACCGACGCAAUCUGCUUCGCCUUGGGCGUCAACGCCAAGCAGCUGCGGUGCACUCGUCUCGUCGAGUUGAUUCACGCAAGUGAGGCCAAGGCCCCAGAGCGUUCAGGCUCGGAGACCAGAAAGGAGGUAGUGGACGGAGACUUGCAUGCAGACGACAGUUCUGGCGUCGAGAAAAAAAGCGCGUCGGUCACGCUCCACUUUGUUCGGGGACCUGCGCCCGCUGCUUCUCCGCUGCCAGAAAAGAUAUCCUUCACUCGGCGAGUCAGCCACUCUGGCGACUGCAGCUACCUGCUAGACGGCGCCUCGGUCCCGCUCGAGGACUACCGCGGCGCGCUCCGGAGACACUGCGGCUGCACUGUACAUACACUCCAGGCAAUGCUCAUCUUCCAGGGGCAUAUCGAUGCCCUGGCGACGAAGAGUCCGCAAGGCCUCGCGGGCCUCGUCGAGGAAAUCUCUGGGAGCGCCGAACUGGCGGAGCCGUACCAGGAGGCUCAGAAGGCGGUGGCGGAGGCCCGCGAGGAGGCGCGUCGCCUUCUCUUUCGCCGUUCUCAGCUCGAGCAAGACAUGAAAGUGUUGAAGAAGCAGAAAGGCGAGGCAGAUGCAUAUGAAAAGGAGCAGCAACUCCAGAAGGAGCAGCAGGACGAGCUUCUCCUCUUCCGCCUUCUGGUCGCGGAGACGCUGCGGGCGGAAGAGGAAGCAAACGAGCAUCGCGCACAUGUAGAAGAGGCGGAAGAAAAGGAGAAACUUGGCGCGCUCCUCGCAGAGGCCCAGCAGGCAGACCGCGGCAGAGUUGGCGCGCUCCUGCGCGUCCAAAAAGCCAAGGACUCUCUCGCGAACUUCACGCAACGCAGCAAUCAGUUGCGAGGGGCGUACCUUGCGACUAUGGAGCGACUGAAGUUCUUGGAGACGACGCGAGAAGCUGCUGCGCGCGAGAAGGCAGUGGCGGACGCGCAGCGGGAGGACUUGAACGCCUACGAAGAGGCUCUGAAGACGCAACUUAUUCGGGUGGCGCAAAAGAGACGCGAAGCCGAGGCACAGCUGGAGGCAGAGCAGGCGAAGGAGGCCGCCGCCUUGCUACCGGAAAACCGGAAACUUCUGGAGACGCUCGAAGACGAAUGGGAGGAACAGCAUGCGCUUCAGCAGCAUAGCAUCCGAAGCCACCAGGAGCAACUCAAGGCCCUCCGAAAUGCGCUCGACCUGCUGCAGCGCGAGGAGCGGGAAGUGCAGCGCAGUGUCGAGACAGUCCAAGAUCUGCACGGAGAGGCGGCAACGAAGGCCGCAGACGUCGCGGAGACUCUCCAGCGGCUUCUCGCCCAGGCGCACGAUGCGAAGGAAAGUCUUCAAGAUCUGCGAACCCUCGCCUCUACAAGUCAGGAGCAGCGGGAGUCGCUGCUGCGACUGCAGGCGACGCUGCACGAAGAGCUGGCUCAGGAGCGCAGCCUGCAGCUGGACGCGAAGCGCCUGUUGCAGGAGAAGGAAGUCUGUAAGCUUCUGCAGAAGCACGUGUCGCAUGCAGGCGUUCAUGGCACCGCCCUGGAGUGCUGCAGACCCGCAAGCAAACGCCUGACGGUGGCCGUCGCCGCAGCGCUGGGUCCGAAGGCCAGCAGCCUCCUCGUGGACUCGCACGCUCUCGCGCUGAAAUGCAUUGAGUACUUGAAGACUGCACGCCUGGGGAGUUGCGAGUUUCUGCCUAUCGAGACACUCCGACAGAAGCAACUCAGAGGAGGAGGCGAAGACACAGAGGAGGAGGAAGGAGGGACCCUUCUGCCGCCGCCGCCUGCAGACGCGCUGCCGCCCGGCUGCCGCUGGGCAGUGGACUGCGUCUCCUUCGAAGACCGCUUUCGACAUGUCUACCAGUUUUUGCUGUCGGACUGUCUCAUCGUGCCUUCGCUGGCCGUGGCGCGGGAGCUGCGGUUCGGCCGCGCGCAUGCGUCUGUGGAGAAGUAUCGGCUUGUCACUCUGGACGGAGAAAAGCUGCAGAGAGGCGGCGUCAUUGCCUUCGACCUGGGGGGUCUCACAGGGCGGCUGGCCGCGCGCUGGGAGGCGCAGCAGCAGGACCGACUUCUCGAGCGCGUCGAGAAAGUCAGGGAGCAGCUCCAGGCUCUCGAACACGCUGAGACGACGACGGCGGAGCGCCUGCAACAGCGCACAGCGCAGUUCAACCUCCUCCACCGGCAGUGCGUGCAGCUGCAGGCGAAGGCGCGCGUAUGGGAGGAACAGGCGGAAGAAAAACAAGAAAAAUUGCAUCGCAUGCAGAAGCAACUGCAGGAGCUCCGCGAACGCGAGGCAGCUCGGAAACAAGAACUCACUGCCAAGCAACAGGCGCUCGACGAAAUCCACGCGACCGUGUUGCAGCAGCAGCAGCGGCAUUUUGCCCAGCUGGACGCGGCGGUUGGGCGCAGGCACGUCCUCGCAGAACAUCGGCGUCGCCGGCAGCGCGUGGAAGCUCUGAAGGCCGAGCUGACGGGACUGCAUGCGCAGGAGACUCAGCUGCAGGCAGAGCUCGCGGACUGCGGCGACCGCCUGGCGCAGCUGCAACGCAGCACCGAGGCGAAGGGUGAAGAAGACGAAAAAGAAAAGAAAGAAGACGAGAGGCGCCUGCUGAAGCAACUCGAGCUCACCGAGCGCGACGUCGAAGACGCAGACAGCAAACGGGAGGCGGCAGCUGCAGAGGCCAGAGACGCCCAGCAAGACCUUCAGACACACGAGAAAAACUUGCAAAAGAUUCGGGAGCGCGUGGAGGCCAGCAAGCUCGAGCAGCAGCGGCUGUCUCGAGAGGCCGCGGCGGCGUCGGGGAGGCAGAGACAGCAGACGAUGGAGAGCAUGCAGAUUCUUCGUCAGGCUGACCAGCAAGGCAUGCGAGUCCCUCUCGCUGCAGGCACCUGGCGGAACGUCCGCAUGUGGGUCUACAGAGAAGAGAAACGAAGAGCUUUCCUGGACUCUUCGAGUGAAGACGAAGAGCCGCAAAGCGUUGACGCGCCGAGCGAAGAGAGAGGUCAUUCGAAGAAGAGCAAAGACGCAGCAGAGUCGCCGAGAAGGACGGGUGAUAUUGCGGGAAGGCGACGCAGCGACGCGAGCGAGAGAGACGCGCCUGAAGGCGAGGGAACUGGAGAAGGCGAAGUCCGCGACCGACGGAGAGAACAAGAGCGUCCGGACGAAGACGAGAAACUCUUUGUGAUUGAUUUCUCGAAACUCGCUGCAGAGAAACGCGAGUUUAUUUCACAACACAAAGACACCCCGGCGCGGCUGUUGGAGGCGGCGGCGACCCAGGAGGCAGAGCUGCUGCGGCGCGGAGCGCACCUGCGGUCUCUGUUUCCGAAUUUGAAGGUUGGAGAGAAGGAGAAGAAGACUCGCGAACAGCUGACAGAGAUCUCCGCAGAACUCGAGAGAGUCCAGCGCGUGAGCAGAGCAGCGGCGGCCCGGCUGGCGGAUCUACAGCGCGAGCGCAACGCGCGGUUUGCGGUGUGUUUCCACCACUGCAGAGUCGCGGUUGACGUCUUCUUUCGCGAAUUAACCACCACGACCUUUGGCAAAGAUGCAGGCCUCGACGACGCGACGUCCGGCUUCGCGAAAGUCGGCGGACGCGCCUACCUGGACCUAGAGAGACCUCGCGGAGACCGGGAAGACGACGCGUUCGCGGGCGGCGUCUCGCUGUUGUGCAUGCCUCCCGGGAAGCGUUUGCUGCCUCUGCAUCUGUUGAGUGGGGGAGAGCGUUUGGUGGCUGCGCUGUCGCUGGUGCUCGCGCUUCUCUCGUUUACUCCGCAUUUACCUUUCCUACUUUUUGACGAAGUCGACGCACCGCUCGACGCCCAUCGGCGCCAGGCCCUGGCGCGUCUCCUGCGCCGCCUUCCGUCGCAGGCCGGCCUCCAGGUUCUCUUCAUCUCCCUCAAAGACAAGAUGUUUUCAACCGCAGAUUUGCUCGUCGGGGUGGCGAAGGCCCCGCGCCUGGGGUGCUCGCGCUGUUUCUUCCUCGACCUCCUGCCCUAUCGAUCUCGUCCUUCGCUUUCUUCUCGCUCGCGCAGAAUUGCCACAGACGCCGAAAACGAGGAAGACUCGAGUCUCCAGAGAGAAGGCGCCAAGCACUUACUGGCCUCCGAGAAUGCGGAGUAGCCGCGCGAAGGCCUCUAGGCGCGAAGGCGCGCGGGCGUCGCUGCAUGCAGCAGAAAACGUUUCCACAGAGGUCUUUCCUCGGGUGAACGAGUUCGAGCGGAGGAGGACAGAGACACGGCUGGGGGUGCGGCCGACUCUAGCGAACGAAGAGAGAAGACAAUCGAGGGAGAAGAGCGAAUGCACAAUCGGAAAAGAAAACUCGAGCAGAAGAAACGGGGAACUGAGAAAAGGGAAACAAAGGAAAACAGAGCAAAGAAUGAAUACAGAGCGAGCAACUCAGGCAGAAAGCGAGAAGGGUAAAGACGAAAAGAAAAAGGUUGAGAAGGGUGAGUGAAGAAGAGGACUUCUCAAAGUGUCUUUUUAACAGGUACAAAUGCAAGAGUGGAGGUGGAGAAGAGUGCGCAUACUUCUGGACAUUUGCCCUUAAAGCCCCUCGUCUACUGAUAUACUGGCC